GAUGGAAUAACGCGUCAGUGCCCGUUGAGACACCGAGUUGUUGAGACCGUAGUGCUCACGUGUACAAAGUUUUCAUCUCGAGCGUGUGAAGGAGUUAUACAAGAUGGGUGUUGAAGAUGGAAUGCAGAUUAAAUGGCCAGACAUCCUAGUGUUGGUUCUCUACUUCGUGUUUGUCCUCGCUGUAGGAUUGAUAUCGUCAUGGAAAACCAAGCGGGGCAGCGUCUCAGGCUACUUCCUCGCCUCUCGCAAAAUGCACUGGAUACCCGUGGGAGCAUUACUGUUCGCCAGCAACAUUGGGUCAGGUCACUUUAUAGGACUGGCAGGGUCGGGCGCCGCCUCAGGGAUUGGCAUCGGCGCUUUCGAAUUGAACGCCAUCUUCGUGUUAAUGCUACUAGGAUGGAUUUUCGUGCCUGUGUACAUGAGUUCAGGAAUAUACACCAUGCCAGAGUACCUCAGAGAGAGGUUUGGAGGUCAGAGGAUCAGAGUCUACCUCUCCUGCCUCGCUCUCAUCCUCUCAAUCUUCACCAAAAUACCCGCUGACUUGUACGCGGGGGCGCUGUUCAUCCAGCAGAUGUUGAACAAGAACAGCGUUGAGUGGAUGUACCUCAGCAUCUUGAUUCUUCUGGCUAUCGCUUCCAUCUUCACCAUCACUGGAGGACUCACGGCCGUCAUUUGGACUGAUUUUGUGCAAACUAUCCUCAUGGUUGUCGGCGCUUGUAUCCUUAUGGGCAUGUCUAUUUAUGAAGUGGGCGGCUACAACCGGUUAGUAACGGACUACUUCACUGCCAUACCAUCAAAGGUUACCUACGAUGCCAACAACCAAACGUGCCCCAACAGCCAGCCGCCGCCCUAUGCCUUGAACCUGUUCCGUCCUCUGGUAGGGUCUGACUUGCCUUGGCCCGGGAUCUUAUUCGGCCUCACCAUCGGUUCCAUCUGGUACUGGUGCACCGACCAGGUAUUAUACAAGGGGGUAGUGGACGCCUUUAACUAAUUAACACCUGCGAUCAUUACUUUACUACCAGGCCGUUUAACCAUUAACUCACACGCUAAUUAUUCUACUACAAAGGAAAAGCGGGUGCUUUCUACUAAUUAAUUAAACCAUGCUCCAUUGAAUUUACCAUAAGGUGUGGAAGACGUGUUCUAAUAUUUGAGUUAUAUGUCAAUUUCUCCAUCCCAGGUGUGAGAGGUGUGUUGUAGUCCUAAUACCAUAAGACAUUCGAGGAGAUUGUCUUUUACUUAUUCAGAGUUAUUCUAUCACAAGGGGUAUAUCGUGGGCGUGUUCUACAAAUUCCCUGAAGGGUUACUAAAUUCCUUCAUAAUACAAACACAACUCCAUAUUCCUCAUACUGUUAUUUCUAAUCAGCGUUAUGGCCUUUGUAAACCCAACGACAUAAAAUACUUAACUUCUUCAAACCAACACAUCGUGAGUGUUUGAAAAGUUGAAAUUCUGCAGACACUGACAGUAUAACCUGUAGGAUAAGUAAAAUUUCUGAUGGUAGAGAUGAUAUAAUGUGUUAAAGCUACAGUACAACAGCGUUUAGUGGUUUCACUCUUUAAAUUCAAAUGUCGUUUUAAUUUCUCGCAAACGGAAACAUUUAUUUUGAGUUGUAAUUUAGUUCUCACUGAUUAGUUGGCUAUCCAUUCAGAUUCAACCUUUCGUCACUAGCUACUGUUAUCAACAAUUAGAAAACAGAUAACCAGUUUAGCGUCCCCGUCCGACUUCCCGUCCAUCUUUACUGACAACGCCGUUAAAAAAAUGGACCCAGCCGCCACUGCCCAAACACAGACCAAUCGAUCACGUCAUCUCCUGAAUCUACAAUAUAUUAACUUACUAAAAAUAAGUACACACACCUGAUCACUCUAAAACUCAUACACAGUUGUAAUUCCUUUAAUUCUUGCUUCUGGAACACCUUACGAAAUGACAGAACAAAACUCGAACAGUGGAAUGCGUCUCAUAAUCCAGUUUGGUGUGUAAUUUGCAAUAAUUACCACAGAAAUAAGUAAAAUAUUAUGAAUCAACAAAACAAUAAAAUAUGCGUAACAGCCUAUUGAUAUACGCCGUGAAACUGUUUUAACCUGAUAUAUAAUAAAUCAUAUGUUCAUGCUUUAAACACAUUGAUUUAAUCUGUUUUAUUAUGCACGUCAUGCUGCUUGUGGUAAGUACAGAUUAUGACUGAUUGUACAUACUACUUUUGCUGCUUGGGAAAGAAUAUAUCUUGUCUAUAGGUUAUAUGGUGCUUGCAUGCUUUGUAGUCAUAAUAUUAAUUGUUACUCAGUACUUCCUAGCGUUUCUCGCAACACAAGUUUAUCUCAUUAUUUCAGCUUACAAUAUAGCCUGUAUUAUUCUGUUUCUUUAACCUGUAUAUUCUUACACCCUUUGCCAGCCUGAUGCUGUUGAAAAAAAAAUUAAAGCCGAGUAUUGCAAAUUAUAAUGAUGUACUGUGCAAGGCCAAAUACACCCCCCCCCACACACACACACAUACGAUCUUUAGAGUAACAAAUGGUUUAAUCACCCCCCCCUCCCACCCCUCCCUGUUUAGAUACUUUUGCAGUACGCUCCAGUGAACUACAUUAAUUAUGUAGUCUUCCUUAUCGUUGCCCCCCUGAUACAACUAAUCCGUGUAUUAAGGAAAUAAAAAUCCUUCAAGCUAAGCCAGUUGGAUAAAAUUUAAUGAGUGGUGGAUAAUUGGCCUUCAGGUUAUCGUGCAGAGGACGCUU